AUGGCCUCAGAACCCGUUCAUUUCUUCGACCUCUACUCCGAUUUCCCAGGACCCCUCAAAUCAUGGUCCCCCAACACGCUGAAAACCCGAGCAGUGCUCAACUUCAAGGGAAUCCCCUACACGCAGAGCUUCACCUCCUACCCAGACGUCAAACCGCUGGUUUCCAGCCUGGGCAUCCCCCCCAAUAAAGAGGGCAGACCGUACACGCUCCCCACGAUCAUCCACAAGACCUCCCUGGCCUCACCCGAUUCGAACCCGAACGGCGCGCUGAUGGAUUCGCUGCCCAUCGCCCUCCAUCUCGACCGCGUGUUUCCCUCCCCGCCGCUCUUCCCGUCCGGAGACGCCAGCUACGCGCUCUUUCUAGCAGUGAAUAAACUCGUGACUGUCCUGGCGCCGGCGUUUCGAACCAUGAUUCUCCCGCGGGUAGCUGAGCAUCUCGACCCGCGUGGACGGAGGUAUUUCCACGAGACGCGGUCUGCAGCGCUUGGGAAGCCGUUGGACCAGCUACGACCGACGGAGCAGCGGGAAAUAGACGAACUGUGGAAGCUCGCCGAGACAGAGUCGGCAGUGCUGCUUGGUAUGCUCAAGGGGAGGGAGGGGAUCAAAAAGGGGCCCUUCUUCGAGGGCGAAACGGCCGGGUAUGCGGAUCUGCUGGUCGCGUGCCAGCUGGCGUUUAUUGGGCGGUUCGAUGACGAGCUGCUGGAGAAGUUUCUGUCUCUUGGCGAGGGGGAGUUCAGGGCCCUGUAUACGGCUUGUUUGCCUUGGUUGGAGGGUCAGGGAGAGGACAAGGAGUGGCCGAUUCAGUAG